AUGGAGGAGGGUCCGGAGUUUGGAGAUAAAGAAGACGACGAAAAAGAAGAUGAGAAGAAAGUCAAGACAUAUUUUGAGGAGCAAGAGGAUUUGAGAAAGGAAUUUUUGAAUGCUGAUAAGGAGGAUGAUGAGGACUUGUUUAAGUUGAAAGUAAAUGAGAAAAGAGGGGAUGAGUUAGUUUUUAAAGGAUUAUUUGAGGAAUGGGAUGUGGAGGAGGUGGAGUUUUCGAAGGAUGAGGAGGAGAUUGAGAGGCAAGAGGAUUACGAGAGAGAUUUUAAUUUUAGAUUUGAGGAAAAUGGGGGUGAUCAAGUGUGGGGACAUUCGAGGAAAGUGGAGGGAUCGGUGAGAAAGAAGGCGAACGCAAGGAAGUUGCAGAGGGAGAGAAAGGAAGAGAGGAUGGUUCAAGCGGAAGAGGAAAGAAAAGAGGAGUUGAAACGAUUAAAGAACUUGAAGAAGAAAAAGAUGAAGGAGAAGCUUGAGAAGAUUAAGGAGACUGCCGGGAUGGGAGAGGACGAGGUAUGCUUGUUUGAUGUCGAUGAUUUGGAGGAGGAAUUUGAUCUGGAUGAUCAUGACAGAAAGAUGAACAAGGCUUACGACGAUGCCUACUAUGAGGCAAAUUAUAUGGAUCCUGAAUUUGGAAGUGAUAAGGAUGAAGAUGAUGUCGAACUUGAGAAGCCAGAAUUUAACAAGGAAGAUGAAUUACUUAGAUACAAUGUGGAUGAACCUCGUGAUGAUGAUGAUGCGGCUGAAGAAGGUAAGCGGACGAAGAAGAAGAGAAAGCGGCCUAGUACAAGAAUGAAGAUAGUCAAAGAACAACUAAUGGAAGAGUAUUACAAGUUGGACUAUGAGGAUACUAUUGGUGACAUGAAGACAAGAUUCAAGUAUAGGCCGGUUAAGGCGAAGAGAUUUGGGCUAACACCAGAGGAGUUGUUAACAAUUGAGGAUAAAGAUUUAAACCAGUAUGUCUCUUUGAAGAAGUUAGUACCUUAUAGAGAAAAGGAAUGGAAAGUGAAAAAGACACUUAAAGGAAAAAUAUCAGAUGUGGCAAAAGCUGAAAAGAAGCCUAAGUUUGAUAACAAGGAAAAAUUUGCUGGUGAAACAGAUGGUGCAAGCAAACAAUCGAGGCGAAGUAGGUGGUGAAAGAAAAAAGCUGAGUAUAAGUUAUCUGCAGCAAGGCUUAAGGCAUAUUCAGAUAACACAUCAGAGUCAAAGAGUAAAAAGAAGUAGCAGGCAGUUAAUGAGGAGCAGCUCUGUAUAACAUGUUAAUAGUUAUAAUGAGAAGCAUAUUAUUUGUUUCA